UGUUUGAAAAACAGCAUUUUCUGCUGCUAAUAUGGCCAUUCCCUCGCUAACCAUGGCACUAUCGAGAUACACCGCAGUCCUGCUGCUAUUUUUUGUUGAGUAUUACAUCGGUCAUACCACAGCACAUAAAAUGGAACUAGAUUUGCAACUAAUCGAACAAGUCGGCGAAUGCCCUAUGCUCAAUAUCACAAACAUACGUGUCAAAAAAUACAACCAUACCGUAGCCGUUUUGAACGGUACAGCGCAGCUCUUCGAGGAUUUGGACGAUCGGUUCUCAUUCCGCGUAGCGGCUGCAUACAGUACGCUUGGCAAUAAUCAAUUCAAUGAGUACCCAAUGAAGAUUCCAGAGAAAACAGUUUGUGCAGUGAUGAGGGAAAACUACCGGGAGUAUCAGCAUAUAUGGGCGAAUUAUACUAACAUGCCCCAUGUCGGUGCCGAUGAUCUCUGUCCUUUCCCUAAAGGAAAAUACUGGGUUCGAAAUUUUGCACCAGAUCCGUCCUGGAUACCACCAGUUGUUCCGCAAGGCUACUGGAGGCUAACAUAUGAUUUACUGAGCGAAGCAGGGGUUAUUCAAUGUCGCCUUCGAGCGUAUAUGAGAGUUCAACGUAGCUGGGCUUAAAUGUGUUUUGUUUUUUUUU